AUGGUUUGGAUGCAUUUCUUCCCUUCACAUUAGCCCUAGAAUCUCUCUCUCUCUCUCUCUCUCUCUCUCUCUCUCUCUCUCUCUCUCUCGCUCUUUCUUUCGCUAUCUGUGUUCUCGCAUUUGCCUGAGGCUUCUGGGGGUUCUUUGGUUGUUACAGCCGCAGGGAGAUUACAUAGACCUUCAUAGGAAGCGCCAUGGAUACCGGCCGGAUCAUUUCGAGAAGAAGAGGAAGAAGGAGGCGCGAGAAGUACACAAGCGAUCCGCCAUUGCCCAAAAGGUUUUUGGUCCCCGGUCUUGCUCGUUUUCUCGUUCACCGUUUCUUCCUGCCAGCGCGGGAGGCCCAUUACACGUGAUUGCUGAGUAAAAUUCUCGUUAAUACAGGCUAUCGGACUCAAAGGGAAGAUGUUUGCCAAGAAAAGAUAUGCGGAGAAGGCGCUGAUGAAGAAAACGUAGGCACCGUUAUAGUAAUUUAUCUUUACUCGCUUGAGCUGGUUACCUGCGUAUUAUGCACAUGCUUGCUUCAACUCCUUAAGAGAUUAAGGGUUGUGGCUUACUUGUUCUAUUUUAGGGAGUAACGCGUCGCAUUUUGACCCAUUUUAUACAAGAUUCUGACUAAACUUGCGAUCAAAGGAUACCUCCGUUUUCUGCACUGUCGAUUUGCUCUGAAUAAAAAUUUAUUGGAUGAUGCUCUCAUAAGAAUUCACACACCUAAAUUAGAAGCAAACGCUUUGGUGCGAUGAUUUAUAUGAUAAGUCUCAGGGCUAAAGCCCAAAGGUGGAAAUGAGAGUUGGCAAGGGUAGCAUACAAGUCAGAUGUGAAAAUAGAUCGAAGAUAGCAUAAAAUAAGUGUUAAAGAAUUCUUUUUAUUUUUAUUUUAUAAAUUUGGAUAUUCUACCGUAGGAAUUAUUGAGGGACUUGUUCCACUUUUUUGUUAAGACAAUAACAGGGCUUAAGAUCAAUACCUCAGGUUUUCUGUAGAAGUCUCCUUUUUCUCCUUCUCCUGAAAGCAUUUGUUUCUUAGUUGGACGGUCUUUCAGAUUGAUUUCUUAAAUCACUCAAAUGCUGAUUUCCUCGGAAAAUUUCUCGAAUGCCUUAUAAUCUGGCAAUAUUCAUGCUGCGGCCUAUGGAUUUCAGAUUGAUUGGUCUGUUCCCCUGCGAUCGCUAACAAUUUUUUUUCCACUAUUUUGUGCUCAUUCGCCACACAAACAGAUGGUCUAUCGAAGGUAGUCAAAUAAGUUUAGUUUAUCCUCUUUGGGACUUGCUGACGACUGGAUUCCUAUUAUAGGCUUGCUAUGCACGAUGAGUCAACGUCUAGGCGCAAGGUGGAUGAUAAGGUCCAUGAUGGAGCGCUUCCUGCCUAUCUCUUGGAUCGUGAUGAAACUACACGGGCCAAGGUGGGAACACUAUUCAAGAACUAGUGCACAAUUCUUUAUUGCACUUUGCUCUGCAUUAAUGAAGAUAGUAAUUUUGAUAUUAAACUAAAUUUUCUGUGAUUUUUCUUUUUGUAAUUCAGGUUCUCAGUAAUACAAUCAAGCAGAAGAGGAAAGAAAAAGCUGGCAAAUGGGAUGUUCCCUUGCCCAAGGUACCUGCUCUUCUGUCUCAGCUCUUGUUGCGGCAUGCAGUGUGCUGCUGUCAUCGCCACUGUUCUAUAUAUUGUCGGUCCUUUUGAGUAACUUAAGUUGAUGAAAAUUAUAAAUUUUUAAAGGUGAGGCCUGUUGCCGAAGAGGAGAUGUUUCGGGUUAUUCGAUCUGGAAAGCGAAAGUGUAAGCAUAUUUUUCAACAUCUUUCAUCUUACGUCUUACAUCCUUUCUUUAUACAAUCCUUUGACGAUGGUUUUGAAUAUUUAACAUUUUUAAAAUUAUUAAAUUAGGGUUCCAUUAAUCUGAGAAGCGCCUCUCUGAGAGACCUUACAUUCAUGGCAGAGUUCCAGUUUGGGAACCUUCCUAUUGCGGUUUUGGAGAAAAUUAGAUACCCUGAAAGCUUCUUUAACCCUAAUUUAUCUUCCAAUCUCUCUAGAUUUCCAGUGUAGUUUUCUAAAAGUCAACUAGUCAUAAUCUUCUCUGAUGAUGCUCCACUCCGUUUUCUCUGAGAGGCCUCAAUCUAAGGCUCCAAAUGGUGUUUGAAAUCUAUCAAACCUUACAUUCUUGACAGAAUUCUAGCUUGGAAAUCUUUUGUUUUUGUUUUUUUUUUUCUAGUUUAGGAACCUUCCUGUUGCGAUUUUGGAGAAAAUUAGAUACCCUGAAAGCUUCUUUAACCCUCAUUAAUCUUCAAAUCUCUCUAGAUUUCCAUUGUAGUUUUCUAGAAGUCAACUAGUUGUAAUCUUCUCCGAUGAUGUCCGACUGCGGUUUCUCCAUAGCCCGUCUCUAUCUAUCCAUCCCAGAUAAUUCCUAUUCCUCACCGGGAGAUAGAUUUCCAGAUUAAUGAAUUUUUUUUUUUUAUAAUAAUUAUACCUACCUGUUCAUCCAGCCAAACAGUGGAAGAGGAUGGUCUCGAAGGUCACAUUUGUGGGCCCCGCGUUCACCAGAAAGCCCCCCAAGUACGAGCGGUUUAUCCGCCCAAUGGCCCUGCGAUUCACCAAGGCCCACGUGACCCACCCCGAGCUGAAGUGCACGUUUAACCUGGAGAUCAUCGGAGUGAAGAAGAACCCUAACGGCACCAUGUACACCUCUCUGGGCGUUGUCACCCGGGGAACCAUUAUUGAGGUGAGGAAGCAUAUUAUUUAUUUUUCUCCUCAAUUUAUAUGUUUCUGGGUCCUUUUAAUUCCGGUGGAACCCUGAAAAAAAAAGUUCCUUUUUGGACCUGAACGUCAUCAGGUCAACGUCAGCGAGCUGGGUCUGGUUACGCCUGCCGGCAAAGUCGUAUGGGGUAAGCGAGCUGUGUGUUUCUAUAUUUAUGGAAAGAGAUGGGGAGACGACUUUGAUUAAUCCCCUCUUUUUCUUGGACGGAUGCAGGAAAAUAUGCCCAGGUCACGAAUAAUCCCGAGAACGACGGCUGUAUAAACGCUGUGUUACUGGUGUGA